AUGUCCAACGGGUUCUCCAAACUACCAAACGAGAUUCUAGACCUGAUUCUCGGUCGCCUCAACAAACAUGAUUGGACCAUGCUCACGAGGUGCUGCCAGCAUCUCCACAAUCGGAUCAACCCCGUGCUCUACCAAUCCAUCGAAACACCCUGCUACUGCAUCGGCAUCCACAAAACCCUAGUCUACACCCUCCUCACCCACCCAGAACUAGCACGAUCAGUCCGCAGCCUAAAAAUAGGACGUCUCCCCUACGGAGCUGAUCCAAAGUCCUACGCCAAUCAUCAGCAUGAGCAUCACGACUCCCUUAGCUCCAAACCGGGUCUUUUCCAGCUUCUCCAAAUCCCCGGUUCCAAGUCCUGGAAACGCAGAUUAUCAGAUAUAAUCCAGAACCUGGCGGAUAGAAAAUGGGAACGAACGCAGUGGAUAGAAGAUCUGCAAUCCGGGACCCACAGAGACCCCUGGCUCGCCAUCUUACUUUCUCUCCUCCCAAAUCUCGAAACGAUAGAACUCUUCUGGGGCGGAUCAGGUACCCGAUAUUCCUCAUGGGUUCUUUCCAAAAUAUCCCAACGCUGCAAACCAUUCGAUACCCGACCAUUCUGGACAAACCUGCACACAGCAAUAAUCAAAAUUCCCGAAGACGAAGGCGCAGACACGAAUUUCCACCGCUUAAUUCCAUUCUUCAUACUGCCCAGUAUCCGCACAUUCAAGGGCCAACUCUUAACGGAUAAAUACCUCGAACCAACUCUCAACAUUGAAAGGUCACCACUUACAAACCUGGAAUUUAUCCAGUGCAGCAGCGUCCUCGGAUUUAACUAUCUGAUCAAGAUCUGCCCGAACCUGCACUCGUUUAAAUACAUGCAGCAGGAGGAUAAUUGCCUGCACCGCUCACCGGGAUAUAAUAAUAUCUAUUUCGAUACACUGCGCCCGACGCCUCUGAAAGAUGCACUAGCGACGCGGAAAGAUACGUUGCAAUCUGUGACGGUGGAUGUAUCACGGCGGUCGUCGAAUUAUGGAGGGUUCUACUCUGAUGAUUGGAUUGGGUGUAUGAAUGAUUUUACACAGUUGAGGUCUUUGCAUAUUCGCGCGGCGAAUUUUGUUGGUCUGGGGAGGAGUCGGAGGUUAGAUGUUAAUCCCUCGCCGAGGGUGCCGUUGGUGGAGUUUCUUCCUGGUUGUAUUGAGGAGGUUUGGAUUUCGGAGGUUGAGGAUCGGAUUUUGGGGACUAUUACGGGGGAGUUGUUUGGAUUGGUUUGUUCGGGGGAACGGUUUGGGAAGGUGAGGAGGAUUGAUGUUGAAGGGAAGAAUUGGUUGAAGGGGCGAGUAGAGAAUAUUGGGGAGGAGGCUUGGAGGAAGUUAUAUCCUGAUUAUGGGGUGUUGUUGAGGGAGGAUGUUUUGGUUGCGACGGAGGAGGUUAGAACGGCUUGUUUACGGAGGGGGAUUGAGUUUCAUGUUAGAGAUAUGGAGGUUGAGGUUGUUUUUGAGGAGUAUGAUGACGUGUUUUUGUUUGUUAGAGGUGAUGAUGAGGAGGAUUAG